AAAGAGAGAGGCAUCUUGAAGUUGGAGCCACGUCCUCGCAUCGUUGUGGAUGCGCGGUCGGAGCUAACACCACAGGGCUCCUGUGAACACGCGCCCGUGUCCCCGCAGCCUUCGGUGGACCGGCUGUCCGUGACCUGGGCUGAUCCUGGCAGUAUGGCCUCCUCAGGGGUUAACCUCUUCCACCUGCCCUCGGAGAACCCUGUCACCAAUGAGGUCAAGUUCUCCCCUUCUGCUGGAGAGGGUUCCGAAGACGAGGACUACUCGGCAAGUUUGAGCGCCGUGCUCCGGCAGAGGAGGACCAGCGUGCGCCGCUCGAGAAAAGGACGAGCCAGGAGGCCUUCUUCCCCUUUCCUUGCUGAUGAAGCAAGAGCUAGAAGGCGUUCGUCUGUCUUCACCACCAGCUCUGGAGACACGGCCAUAUCCAUCGAAGAAGGUCAGCCCACUAACGCCGUGGUGACUCAGGAACAGAUCUUCGAGAACAUACACCUGCACAAGGAAGUGUUAGGAUCCGUGAAGCAACAACCUCUGGGUAUGCGCCGCAAACUGAAGAUCGUACAUCAGGCGAAAACUUACAUCAAACGUCACGAGGGUCAGCUGCAGGAGAGGCUGGCACAAUCCAAGAGUACCAGGGAUAUCUACGCACGGUUCAACAUACUUCUUGCCACAAAAUGGCAACAAUUGAAACGUGAAGCAGCAAACACAUCAAAUCUACUCAUCCCGUGGGAGCUGCGCAUCAAAGAAAUCGAAUCCCACUUCGGUUCCGUGGUGGCUUCAUACUUCACCUUUCUCAGAUGGCUGUUCUGGGUCAAUCUGGUCAUUGGAUUCAUUUUGCUUGUAUUCGUCAUCGUGCCUGAGUACCUAACAGGAAAUCCGCAGCAAGAUGGGGAACGUAAAAUCAUCAUGAAGGACGAACUACAGAAUGCCACGAACCUGCUGACGCUAUGGGAGUUCGAGGGUGUGCUCAAGUUCUCUCCCAUCUUCUAUGGGUACUAUAGCAACGUCGAGCGGCCGCAGUACCGCAUGCCACUCGCUUAUUUCCUCACUGGGCUUGUGGUCUACAUCUACAGCUUUGUUGCUACUUUGAGGAAGAUGGCAGAAAACUCUCGUAUGUCGAAAUUGUCGGAAAAGGAAGAUGAAUGUAUAUUUUCUUGGAAGUUGUUUACUGGUUGGGAUUUUAUGAUUGGCAACGCAGAGACGGCUCACAACAGAAUAGCAUCAGUCAUAUUAGGAUUUAAGGAGGCGUUGCUAGAAGAAGCUGAGAAAAAGAAGGACUUAAGAAAUUGGCGUAUCAUCUCUCUUCGCGCGAUGGUCAAUAUUUGUGUAAUGCUUCUUCUGGCGGUAUCGGCUUAUGCAGUUGUGACUGUGGUAUCUCGCUCCGACGAUAACCCAAAACAUCGCAGCUGGUGGCGAGAAAACGAAACGACCAUAGUUGUCACAGUAAUUUCUAUUACCUUUCCUGUGUUCUUCGAACUUCUAGGCUUUUUGGAACACUACCAUCCGAGAAAGCAGCUCAGGCUACAGUUGGCAAGGAUCAUGUUAUUGAACUUGCUAAAUUUGUAUUCCCUAAUAUUUGCUCUAUUCAGCAAAAUUGAAGGGAUGAGUAAAGACCUAGACUCACUGAAACCUCCCUUAAAUAUGACUGCUACAACACUCUUGAAUAAUACACUGAAUGUUAGUGAAACUCUGGCUCUAAACGUGCCUAUGUUUUGUUUUGAAGAGAGGGUAACAUGCGAACCUUGUUAUAUUUUACCAACUAUUGCCAUUAAUGUGCCCACCACAAGCAAAACUUCAUCCUUAAUAGUAGAAACAACUACGCCUUACCCUUACAGCCAAGCAAUUUCGAAUAGAGAUCAAUUAAUAAAAAAAGAUUUUAAAAAAUCUUUUCCCCAGAAUGUAAUUCCAAAAUAUUUAGCCAAAAAUCAAGACGUAAAUAAUGACUUAGGUAUGAAUAAACAAUCAAAUAAUGUGAACUUGAAAAAAAUCAAUAAAGAUUUUAUAAUUUCUAAUGUAAAAGGUAACAAUUUGGCAGAAAAUUUAAUAGACUCUGACAUAAGUACUACUCAGAUAGAAAGUACGACAUUGAAUAGUAUUGAUAUAUUAAAGUCAGAAUUAGAGAGAGUGAGAAAUAUAAGUCAAAACACUGGUUUGGAUGAAGAUGACUCUAUUGAGGAAUAUGAUGAGGAUUAUAUAAAUAGCACAGAUUAUCCCUUUAAUGUUUCAAAAUCCAUCCAUCCUACAACAAACAUUGAUACUAGUCAUUUAAGCAAAACAAUCACUGAAACCAUUACAGUUUCAACAGAAAAUACUGAAACAGGUUCUUCUGAAAGAACACAAGAAUAUUCCACAGAACCUGACAGUACCCUAAGUAACAAUAACGAGAAUAAUAAUCAAAGUAGUACUGAUAUGCUUAGUGUUUCUACAGAAGAAGAUAUGAACAUAAGUUCUUCCACGGAAACAUUGUUUUCUUAUUACGGAGAAGAAACAAAUCGUAGUACCAAAGAUACAACUAAAUCAAUUGAUUACCAUACAACCCCUGAUAUUUUCAGUACUAAUACAUAUGAAACUACUGAAGAAACCUUGACUACGUUUGUCGAAACCAAUACACCAUAUUUGGAUCAAGAUAGGACAUUUAUCACAUUUCCCAAUGAAGAAACAACUACUUAUAAUAAUUCUACUGACUCAAUACUGACCGAAACUACAUACAGCUUUAACGAUAACACAACAAUUGAAAGCACAGAAAUUACUUCGUUUAAUCCAGAUAUGAAAUGCCCUACAUUUUUCAACUGUUCAUCUAACUGUGGCGGCCGGAACAUAACACAAGUAUUUUUUCUAUCGAAUUGCAGAAUUGUGGAGAAGCGAUGUUAUGUAACUAAAUGUGAAUUAACUAAAGUAAUCGAAAGUAAUAAAACAAAUGAAACUGUUACGGACAUCGCCUACAUCGAUGACCAUAACAGGAAAAUGUACAUUUUAACAACAGCGACAAAAAAGAAGUUAUUGAAAUUAUGUUGGGAAACUAUGUUUGGGCAAGAGUUAGUAAAAUUAACAAUGAUGGAUCUGGUUUUUGUCUUGCUAGGCACACUUUUUAUGGAUUUUUUUAGAGCCCUCUUCGUGAGAUAUAUGAACCGAUGCUGGUGUUGGGACUUAGAAAAGAAAUUUCCAGAAUAUGGGGAUUUCAAAAUAGCUGAAAACAUAUUACAUCUUAUAAAUAAUCAAGGAAUGGUUUGGAUGGGAAUGUUCUUUUCUCCUGGACUAGUGGUACUAAAUGUUGUCAAGUUGAUGAUUAUGAUGUACCUUCGAUCUUGGGCUGUGAUGACAUGUAAUGUGCCACACGAAGUUGUCUUCAGAGUAUCUAAAAGCAAUAACUUCUACCUGGCUCUGCUACUGACGAUGCUUUUUCUAUGUGUAUUACCCGUUGGGUAUACAAUUGUUUGGGUGAAGCCCUCGUGGCACUGCGGACCAUUUUCUGAAUAUGAAAAAAUAUAUCAUAUAUUGACAAAUAAUAUUUACAAAAUACUCCCCAAAUCAUUAAAUUUUGCACUAGAAUACGCAGCUUCCCCAGCUAUUGUUAUACCGUUACUCGUACUUCUCAUACUUAUUAUUUACUAUCUUACAUCACUUACAAAUUCUUUGAGAGAAGCUAAUAAUGAUCUCAAGAUACAACUUCGUCGUGAAAGAACUGAAGAGAGACGUAAAAUGUUUCAAUUGGCUGACACUAGACGCAGAGGAGGCUCUUCUGCAAUGGACAAUACACCUUUUGCAAGAUGGAAAAAAGCUCUGCCAUCUCUACCAAUCAGUAAAUCUAUAGAUUCCGAUGAACGAAAGACUACUACCGGUGAUGAUAAUGCAGAACCUUCAAAAUCUACGAAGAGAAAAGGAGGGAUAUUUGCGAAAAUUGUAGGUAUGGCGUUAGACAAAAAACCGGAAGUUGAAACAGUGCCAGAAGUUACAAAUAUAUCACAAUCUUCUAACAAUUUCGACGAUGAAACAGAUACGGAUUUUCAUGAAACCUUACCAAAAGAAGUAUUGAAAAUAAAAGAUAUAAUUUUCAAGAGUACAGAAAAUAAGAAAAGAAACAAUGUUGAAUUUAAAACCCCUGGUGACGAAAAUCACAAAAUAAACGAAGGUAAAGGCGUAAAACUUAAAUUGGAUAAAAUUAUUAACUAUCCAGAGAAAAAAAUCAAAGAUGAAAAUCAAGACAAUGAAAAAGAAGAUCUUGAUACACCAACCGAAAAAAAUACAAAAAGCCAUACGAAGUUUGAGAGAAAUCAAACUUCAGAGUCUAGCACUCAAUCCAAGCAAACUGAUUCUAUUAGUUCAGUAAUUCCAGUGAUAAAAAUAAGUAUCACAGAGAGUGACGAAGAAGAUAAAAAUAGCAAAACAUCGAAAGUGAGUAGUGAAGAAAGUUCGAAACAAUAUAAAGAAGAAGCCAAAUCAACAGACUCUUCCGUAUCAAGCUUGAAAAAAGUUAAAAAAAGUUGUUCCGAUUUGAAAGCGUUAAGAAGACAGAGCAGUGUUGACAGCAUGAGUGAACACAAAGUCAGUAAAGAUAAGAAAUCAGAAGAUGGGCAUAAAUAUCAAUAUUCCUUGUAAUUUUACGUCUGUACUGUAUAAUUUACUGUUGUUGUUUUUAUUAGAUAAAUUGUUUGGAAUAACUUUUUACUGGUACUUUUACUACUUGAAUGACUUUAGCUUUCAACCAAGUGAUCAACGAUGUUAACAACUCUGAUACGUAACUUGUUAUAGCGUUAACUAUAAUAGAUAUCAUUUAAACUGAUUAUCUAUUUUUGCUACAAGAUCCAUCUUUGGAAUUAGAAACAUUAACUAUACAAUUUACUAAUUUAUUUACUUGCAUUGAUUAAAAUAGGUACAUACGUAUGAUAAAAAGGUUUUUGAUGUUAUAAUAUAACACAAGUUUAAAUGAACGUUAACAUAAAAAAAUAACUAUAUCUAUACCUGAAUACCUUAACAUAAAUAUUAUAUUAAAUUAUUAGUUUCAUCUAUUAGGUAUCUAUUAUUAUAUUAAUAAAAAUAAAUUUCCACAAUGUAUGUUCACACAUAAAUUUCUUAAAAUCGCACGAAAUUAAAAAAAAUUUUCUUUGUUUUAUUUUUUAUGGUCAGAAAAGGCAUAAGGUUUGUUUGACAGUUUUUUGUAAACUCUACCAAAAAAUUUGGGGAUUUCCUAUUCGGUAUAAUGUAUGUUGUAAUUUAUUAAAAUCUUAAAGUUUUGCAAUGUCUCAAUAAUACAAUGCACCCGUGUGAAGACUGGCAGGCCGCUAGUACACAAUCUUUGUGCACAAUAUAGAAAAGAUAUUUCCGGAAGAUAAUCUGUAUUAAACAAAUCACAUAACACCAAUUUGAAAUUUGAUUUAAAUAUCAUUAAGUUCUUCCCGAAUAUUUAGAUCACGACUAAAUUCAACUCGAUUGACUAAUAAAACUGGGCAUAUAACCUAUGCUUUACAUUGAAAAAGUGGGUUCAUCUUGUCCAUCCCAUAUUAUCAUUAAUCAAAUAUUUGAUACCAAUGAUAAUAAAAUCAUGAUGUUAUUUUACAGUUUCGCUCGGAAGAAUUUAUUGCCUCAAACCCUCCGUUUCAAUGAAACCUUUUCAUUUGCCAUUUGUAAAAUCAGCAAUGAGGAGCUCAGUAGCCCAGGUGGUUAUGGCCAUCGGCCUGCGAUCAUGGAAGCGACCAUGCGACCUUGCGCAAUGGUCGCUCAUUGAAUAGAUGAUCAAAAACUUAUUAUCUUGAGAUCCUCCGUGCUCCGAAAGACAAGUUAAGCCGUUGGUCCCGGCUGCAUUUGCAGUUGUUAGAACCCACCAAUCCACAUUGGGCCCGCAUUGUGAAUCAUGACCCAAUCUCCCUAUUCCAUACAUAGGGAAGGCCUGUACCCCAGCAGUGAGGACAUUAAUAAGCUGUGAUGAUGUGUAAAAUUAGUACCUAAUACUAUUUUAUAAUUAUAGUUAUCGAGAAUCUUCAGAAACAAUUUACUUUCAGAAAGUUUUAGCAAAGAUUCAACGUAAAUUUUCAAAUAGCAUGAAUUGUUCCAUACACAAUAAAGAUUUAUUAUUAUUAUUGUAACAUAAAAGCUUUUCUUUAUCACAAUCAUAGCGAUGGCAAGUUCGUGCCUUGCUUGUAGAUUGUUUCUAAUUAUAGUUUUUUCAUUUUGUUAUAAUCUUGCAUUUAAUUAUGUUGUGAUCCUAUCGAUUCUAUAUCAAAGUAGAGUAUUUUUCUUGCAGUAUUGUUGAUUCGUCCAAUAAAUAAAAAUGAAAAAAACGUUUUAAUAGCGAUUACAUAUUCAACAUUGAGAUACAGAACAUGUACUACUCUGAACAAAUUACACUACAUGUAAUACUAAUAAAAAGACAUAUUAGUUGAAAUGAGUGUAAACCAUUUGCUGUAUUACAAAGACUAGUAUUGCAAACACAAACGUGAAAGUAAGUAUAUAGAGAAAUAGCUUUUGAAAAAGGCACUAAUGAGGCGGCUGGACUUGAUGCGCAACCUUCAGGCAUAUCUUUCAAAAGUUUCUCCAAUUUUUGGUAUCUGCCGGUGGCAUAGGUACCACCCUUCACUGGAGGAUCGGCUCGGCAUCCCCUUUCAUGAUAAUUAGUUCCAAUAUCUAAAAAUCUUUUAAAGCACCCGCCUGUGUAAGGAUCUCCCUUGCAUUCGGUCUUCAUUUUCGCUCUUUUAUAACGGUUUCUAUGAUCAGGGCUUUGAAAGGUGUCAUAACAUUCGCUUGACCUAAUUUUUCAACUUCAAUUCCGCACUGGAAACACCGUGUGGUUACAGCUCUUAGCUGAGGCUUAGACAAAUCGAAAUUCACCCAUUUAUUAUUGGGCAUAGUACUCCAACUGUAAGGGAUUCUAUAAGUGCUAUCUGUAGUUGUAUUACUAAUAAUGUCUUUGUCGUGGUAUAUUAAACGUAACAAAAGAAGACGAGUACUUUGUGGGUUAGUAAUCGGUGUCGGUGUGGACGUUUGCAUUUGUACCUGCAAUAUAUUUAAUUUCUCUGCAGAUUUCAUUUGACUAAUAUUGGAAGCUAACUGAGACAUGACUCUCAAAAUUUCUUUGUCCAUGAUCUUUAAUGUUUUCAUACUAUCCAGCGAUAUAUUAAAUUUUUGAUCAACUUUCGAGUAGGUGCUUUGCUUGUUGGUAGAAGUGCUUACAAAGGUCGACUGCGUAUUUUUGGUUCGACUUAAUAAGGGAAAAUAUGGUCUCCACGUUCUUCGGGAAGCCGAAUUUGGCUGCGUGGGUCUUAAAAUCCCUAUGUAAUCUGGAAUCUUUUCAGUUUCUAACAAUAUGAUGGGCGCGCUGUACCAUGAAGACUCAGUGACUGAUUUUGAAGUUUCGUUAGCUGGUUUAGUCGGUCUGUAAGAAAAUGAGAAAUGAACUGAACUCCAUCGAGUAUAAAAUUCAUUUCCCUCACCGUUAACAUUGGUCAAGGACAUAUCUGAGUAAAACUCUAUAGGAACUUUGGUCGAUAAAAAUUUCACUUCGUCCACAUCUUCGUAGUCCUGUGGUAAUAUUUCAACAAUACGAUUCGGAUUAUAUUGAUAUGGGCUUUUCAAACGAGAUAAUAAUGAACAGUACGUAAAAUAUGAUGAUUGCACCACUAUAACAAUAUAUAUAAAACGUAUAGAAUAAAAUAUCAUAAUAAAUUAAAGCUACAAAAAUGCAUAGCUAAGAACUAAAAACAUGUCAUGAUGACAUUUACUUGAAGCUUUUACAAUUCCUUUUUAUGUUCUCUAA